AUGGUCCCCGACUACGAGGUCAAGCUGUUGCUGAACCCGACAGCGGUCCUCGGAUCUGACAACAAGCUCACGAGCGCCGUGCGGUCGGCGUUUGGCAUGCCGACGUCGGUCACCAAGAUGAACGUGCAGUUCCUCGACAAGAGCUCCAAGGAGAUCUACAACGCCGGCUGGAGCCCGCGCAUCCGCAAGAUAGAGGGCGCCAGCGACUUUGAGCUGACGUACAAGAAGCGCUACAACAUUACGGGCGGCGACAUCGACGCCGCCCUCACGACGGCCAACGCCGAGGGCUUCGAUGUCGGCGACACGGGCUACGACGCCCAGGUUGAGUGGGGCUACACCAAGCAGACGCUUUCCAUCAGCCGCCAGAAGACGGGCUCCGGCUCCGGCUACAGCGGCAUGGACCUGCCCGGGACUAGCAAUUCGCGCGACAUGUUGAUCGACGAGGCGCCCGACAAGUUCGACGACUGGCUGUUUAACAACUGGGGCACUGGGGCGCUCGCUGUGGCGCGCACCUUCGGCCCCGUGCUCGCCAAGCGGUCCGUCGGGUCCUGGAGCGGUCUUGAGCUGUAUAUCGAGGUCUGGCCCAUCCGCGACGCUGCCGGUACGGGGAUAGAGUACGUUGUCGAGGCCUCGUUCAAGACGGGCAGCCGCACCACGGCUUCGGCCAAGCACGACAGCCUUAUCGCCUACCUGCAGGGCCAGGGCUGGUUCUUGGCGCAGGACUCGCUGAAGACGCAGCUAAUCAUGGACCGCUACUGA